GAGCCGCCGCCAGGUCCGUCCGUGGUCCACGCCGCCCCUCGCGCCGUUCGCCCCGCGUCCGCCGCCGCAGCCAUGGGAGUGCAGGUGGAGACCAUCUCCCCCGGAGACGGGCGCACCUUCCCGAAGCGCGGCCAGACCUGCGUGGUGCACUACACGGGGAUGCUUGAAGAUGGAAAGAAAUUUGAUUCCUCUCGGGACAGAAACAAGCCCUUUAAGUUUAUGCUGGGCAAGCAGGAGGUGAUCCGGGGCUGGGAAGAAGGGGUUGCCCAGAUGAGUGUGGGUCAAAGAGCCAAACUGACUAUCUCCCCAGACUACGCCUACGGUGCCACUGGGCACCCAGGCAUCAUCCCACCAAAUGCCACCCUUGUCUUUGACGUGGAGCUUCUAAAACUGGAAUGACAGCAAUGGCCUCCUCCCUGUGCUCCCUGUCCUUGGAUGUGCCACGGAGGGAUCUGGCGCCUCCAGAUGCGCACGCGCGAGUCCGUACGGAGCUUUUCCUGAUGUUCCACUACACUCUUUGUAUAAACAUCCACCCGACUGAACGUGUUCUGUCAGCCGGCUUUGCUCUUCCCCUUCCUCCUGUAUGUGUGUUGACCUAAACGAUAUGCCAUAAACCUCAAGUUACUCAUUUUAUUUUGUUUUCAUUUUGGGGUGAAGAUUCAGUUUCAGUCUUCUGGAUCUAGGUUUCCAGUUAAGUAUUAGUCGAGUAUUAACAGCACAAGUAAUGGGUUAACUUUAGAAUAGGAAUUGGUGUGGGUGGGGGAUGCAAGAAUCUUUAUUUUUAUUUUAUUUUUUUUGAUGAAAUUUUUAUCUAUUAUAUAUUAAACAUUCUUGCUGCUGCGCUGCAAAGCCAUAGCAGAUUUGAGGCGCUGUUGAGGGCCGAAUUAUUCUCCAAGUUGAGAGAUGUCCUUUGGUUGAAUUAAAAGCCCUACCCAAAACUGAAGUGGGGAGGGGAGAGCCUUUGCCUCCGCUGCCCCACUCCACCCUCCCCUGAAACCUCUGCCUUUUGAAAGCAGAUCGUUUUCACUGCGAUGUUGGAUGCUACAGGUAUCUGUCCCCGGCCAGCAGGGACCUCUGAAGCCUUCUUCAUGGCCUGGCUUUUUUUUCCCCCAUCCUGUAGUUUUUCUAAUGGAUAUUCAGGACUUUUGUAAUCUCAUAUCUAUCCAAGCUCCACUUCCUAAAUUUUAAGAACUUUAAUCGAGAGUUUAAAUUGAAGGUGCUGUUUGUAGACACUUAACACCCAAUGAAAGCCCAGCCAUCAUGACAAAUCCUUGAGUGUUGUCUUAAGAAAAUGAUGCUGGUCAUCGCAGCUUCAGCAUCUCCUGUUUUUUGAUGCUCAGCUCCCUCUGCUGAUCUCAGAGUUUCCUGGCUUUUCCUUCCCCUCUCUCACCCCUUUGCUGUCCUGUGUAGUGAUUUGGUGAGAGAAAUUAUUGCUGCCUACCCCCACCCUCACCUCCAACCCCCUGCACUACAUAUGAGUUUCAAGUUUUAUUAUUGCAAUAAAAGUGCUUUAUGCUGGCUUUUCUCA